CGCGUCUGAUUGGCUCACGGUAUCGCCACCGGGGGGAAAAUGUCAACCAUCUCAAACAGGCGAUUUCGCAAUGUUUUAUGAUGUUUUAUGUGCACUUUAGUUGAUAUUUUGCUUAUUUAUUGUGCUGUUGCUGUGCUGGGGAGAGGAUGUCGCGCUCAGAAGAUGACAGGAGUCUGCUAAACACGUUUGAGAAAGUGACAUCCAGGCCUCCACCUCACCGAGCGAUAAUAGCAGGUCAGCGUACCCCCACUGCGCGAAGUGGACAUCGCUGUGUGGCCGAUAACACUAAUCUCUACGUGUUUGGAGGAUACAACCCAGACUACGAUGAGUCCGGAGGCUCUGAGAAUGAAGACUACCCACUGUUCAGGGAGCUGUGGAGGUACCACUUUGCCACAGGGCGAUGGCAGCAGAUUCAGACAGAGGGGUAUAUGCCCACGGAGCUAGCAUCUAUGUCAGCUGUUUUGCACGGGAACAACCUCCUGGUGUUUGGCGGCACUGGCAUCCCGUUUGGUGAAAAUAACAGCAACGACGUUCAUGUUUGUAACGUCAAGUACAAACGCUGGUCACUGCUCAACUGUCGCGGAAAGAAACCCAACAGAAUAUAUGGACAGGCGAUGGUCAUUAUAAACGGGUUUCUUUACGUGUUUGGGGGGACGACCGGGUACAAUUACAGCACAGAUUUGCACAGGCUGGACCUGACCUCGAGGGAAUGGAUCUAUCUGAAACCCAACAACCCUCCAGACGACUUCCCAGAGGAGCGGUACAGACAUGAAAUCGCACACGACGGACAGAGGAUUUAUCUUCUGGGAGGAGGCACAUCUUGGACGUCUUACCCCCUGGACAAGGUCCACGCCUAUAAUCUAGAGACCAAUUCAUGGGAGGAGAUUGUUACUAAACCUCAUGACAAAAUAGGAUACCCAGCUCCGAGGAGAUGUCAUAGCUGUGUGCAAAUACAAAAUAACGUAUUUAUAUGUGGAGGCUACAACGGUGAAAUUAUUUUGUCAGAUUUGUGGAAGAUCGACCUUCAGUGUUUCCAGUGGAUCAAACUCCCAGCCACGAUGCCUGAGCCCGCCUACUUCCACUGCGCAGCUGUUACCCCGGCGGGCUGCAUGUACAUUCACGGUGGAGUCGUGGACAUCCUGGAGAACAAGAGGACUGGCUCUUUGUUUAAAAUCUGGCUCACGGUUCCCAGUCUUUUGGAGCUGUGCUGGGAGAAGCUUCUCAAAGCCUUUCCCCACCUGACUACAAUACCCACGAUGCAACUGCUCAACCUGGGCCUCACGCAGGAACUCAUCGAACGCUUGAAAUAAAAGCCAAGCACAAGGUCGAACUUCAUGAUGUUUAAAACUGAAAGGGAUGGACUGCAAUAGGAGUAGGCAUGUUUUACAGAGCACACAACACUUCAUUUGGACUUCCCCGUUUGCCCGACGUAAACCCGCCUUAAAACCAAAAUAAGUGAUAGGAUUUUUUAACUAAUCUCCCUACGGUGUCAAGAGAAGCCUUAAAAAGUUCUAACAGUGCCAUAGUGAAAUUUAGCUUUUAAAAUAACGACUUUUUAUUUUCAUUUUAGGUCCUAUGUUACGCAAAAUCGACUCUCGUGAGCUUUGAGCCGUGUUGUAAUGCCGUUACCUCGAGCACUUCCUGUAUUAGCUGGGAGUGUUUUCUGUUUGAGAGAAGAAGAACUCAGCUUAAAUAUGCAGAGUUUGUGCGUUAAACAUGUGCGAAUGAAACAAAAAACACAACUCCAGGUCUGUUUGUGACGAGGAAACGACAUUAUAACAGAGAUCAGAAAAAUGCGUGACGUUUAACAGAGAAAUAGGACACAAAUAUAGUUUUUUUGCACAUUUUAAUUGACUUUUAGGUGGAAAAUGGGUCUGAUGAGUUAAAUCUUGUUACAGUGUUGUGUCAAUAAUGCCACAGAGGAACAUUUUACAUUACUAACAUACAAACUAUGCUGAGGGGAUGAAUGUAGGAUUUUAAAAUAUACCGUGAAAAGUUUGGACACACCCUCUCAUUUCAUGUUUUUGGUUGUUUUUUGUUUUUUUUCUUUACUACUUCAUAUAUUUAACGUCUUCUGUAUGUAUAUAAAAUGUAUAAAGUAAGAUAUAUGGAGUUAUGUAGUAAAGAAAAAGUGAAAUUACUCAGAGCAAAGAGGGGAUACUUUGAGGAUUUGAGUAUAAUAUAUGUAGCAAAGAAUAAAGGUAAAUAACUCAAUAUAAUUCCAUGUCUUACUUCAUAUAUUUGAUGUCUUUUGUGUUUAGGUAAAAUGUAGAAAGUAGUAAAAUAAAAAACACUGAAUGUGACGGUGUGUUCAGACUUUUGACUCGUGUUUAUUAAACUUGAAAGCUGGUGAGGAUGCGUUGUUUUUAGGUUUUUUUUUUUUUUUUACUGCAGUUUCCACAACAUAUUAAAUAAAAUAUUAAGUUUUAAAAGCGUUUUAAUUUUAAAUCAAAUAAGUUAUUGCUUACAAAUCCUCGGGCCUUUCUGUGCCCCUGUUGAGGCUGUCCUGUUAAGAGUUCAUGUAUAAAUUCAAUAUUCUCAUUCAUUUUUCAUUCUCCUGUGUAACCACGCCUUACGCCACUGUGAAUAUGGUGCUCUAAAGAUUAAUUUAAAUAAAGAUUAUGGGAAGUA